GCGAGAAACAAGUGGAAUGCCAGCUAUCAACUCCUUGCACCAUCGGUGGAUAUUACACAAGAUGUGUUAGCUACUUAGUAAGAAAUUAUUAUUAAUAAAUGUAAAUCACUAACAACGGUGCUUUCACUGACUUUUAUCUUAUGGCACACUCGAUGUGGUAAGCAAAGUCUUCGUUAACCAAGACUGUCGCCAUCACAUCCACCCAGCACUGAGUCAACCCUCUUGACUCUUAACUACUCGGUCAUGGACAAAGGUUUGGUACCAGGCAGGACCAGUUCGGUCCCAGAGGAGAUGGAGGGGAUAUGUGUGAUGCCAGAUAUGAGUGGCAUCAAGUCGGAGCACCCGGGUGGAAGUGCGGACAACACAGGUGCACAGAACGUGGCCAUGGGGAUCAAGUUCAUUCUGCCCAACCGCUUCGAUAUGAACGUAUGCUCAAGAUUCGUCAAGUCACUCAACGAGGAGGACAGCAAAAACAUCCAGGACCAGGUCAACUCCGAUUUGGAGGUGGCUUCUGUUUUAUUUAAAGCCGAGUGUAAUAUUCAGACGUCACCCUCACCCGGGAUACAAGUGCGUCAUGUUUAUACCCCGUCCACCACCAAACACUUCUCUCCCAUCAAACAGUCGACAACACUCACCAACAAGCACCGUGGUAACGAAGUGUCCUCCACUCCUCUUCUGGUCCACUCUCUGUCCAUUCACCAGCUAGCAGCACAGGGUGAAAUGGUUUUCCUAGCCAGCAGGAUUGAACAAGAGACUGUGAUUAACCUGCAGGAUGAGGAAGGCUUCACCCCCCUGAUGUGGGCUGCAGCACAUGGACAGAUUGCAGUCGUAGAAUUCCUGCUUCAGAAUGGAGCGGACCCCAACCUGUUGGCUAAAGGCAGAGAGAGUGCUCUGUCUCUGGCAUGCAGUAAGGGAUAUACAGACAUCGUGAAGAUGCUCAUCGAUUGUGGGGUGGACGUCAAUGAAUAUGACUGGAACGGCGGGGCUCCCGUGCUCUACGCUGUCCAUGGGAACCAUGUACCCUGUGUGGAAAUCCUCCUGGAAAGUGGAGCCGACCCCACCAUUGAGUCCGACUCUGGCUUCAACGCUAUGGAUAUGGCUGUGGCAAUGGGCCAUAGGAAUGUUCAACAGGUGAUGGAGGUCCAUCUACUGAAGCUGCUGAUGGGGAUGCGAGAGUGACCAGAGCCCAGGGAAAAGCCACUAACCUGGGGACACGAGGAAGGAUUGCCUGGGAAUGGAAAUGCAGUAUACAGCAGAUGCCAUAACGAAGAAAGAAAUGUCUGAGGACAAUCGUGAAGCACGUCUGAGGCUCAUGUGUGAAACGAUUAGGAAGCAUGUGUGUGAGUAUUUAGGCACCGCAUGUAUCGGUUUUGGGUAGACAUCCUAUUGAGUUUUGUAACAAACCAUGUAAGAAACUAGUGCAUAAAUCUAAAAGUCUGCACAAAUCAUGCAUUAAUAAUUAACUUGUUAAGUACAUCGAACAAUAAAUAUUAAUAAAAAUUGGUCCCAUGUUACAUGAGCUGAAAUACUAAAAAAAUAAAAUUAAAAUCCACAAA